GCGAGGAGCACACACUUUUGCAUAAGCGCAUAACCAUAAACAUAAAGAAAUUGAUUGCUCCACAAAUGUAUGCAUAAGAAAAUGAACCAAUCAAUUUCCUUAUGCUUAUUGUUAUGCGCUUAUGCAAAAGUGUGUGCUCCCCGCUUUAAAGUUUGUCGAAACCCUAAAAUAUUAAAUCUAUCUUGCUUCUUUUUAUUUUUGUUUCACUCUUUCAAACAAGCCACCGACAAGAUUUAAAGGACAAUUCUUAGAAAAUAAACAAGCUCACACGUUAAAAAGUCAAGUUUGGGUUGACAAAAAACAAAGUACAAAAUGGACGAAGAAAUCGAGAAAAGAAUUGCAGAAUUGCAAAAAUACUUUCCAUUAGUGAAAGCGACAAUUGAGUGGCUGCAAAACAUUAAGGAUAAGGACACACGGGAAUUCCUAUUGCGGAAAAUGCAAGGUCUUCACUGGAUUCUGUCAGGCGUACCAGUAGAGUAUGUUGGAUUAACAAUCGAGAAAUUACAGCAAUGCGAAAAUGCUUUGCAGAAAAUGGACAGUAUAAUAAAGAGUUAUCCGCAUUUGCUAACUAAACGAUGGCACCACACCGCAAUCGUCGAUUUCGUCGGAGAAUGAAAAAUCAGAUCAAUACAAGAAAACGGCAGGACAAACACAAGACGCGGAAAUAGAUAUAAAAAUCGAAGAAAUGCUGGCGAGUCUGGAUAUAAAUCCUUCAUCCUGAUAGACGUUUUAUCUUAGACAGUUUCACGGAGAUUUCUCACGCGAUAAAUACAUAAACUAUGUUAUUUUCAAUCGGUAAAGGUGAUUUCUGUACUUAAUAUUUAUUAUUUUUGAAAUUAAAAAAUACAAAUAUAUAUGCUUACAA